UCGGGUUGCUCCUGCGCCUGCGCGAGGUCGCGGUGCCAGCAGCUAUCCGAGCGGCCCGAGGUGUGGACGCCUGGCCGGGCGGGCGGACGGACCCCAGCCAUGCCCGGGAUGGUGCUGUUCGGCCGGCGCUGGGCCUUCGCCAGCGACGACUUGGUGUUCCCAGGCUGCUUCGAGCUGGUGGUGCGAGUGCUGUGGUGGGUCGGCAUCCUCACCCUGUACCUCCUGCACCGAGGGAAGAUGGACUGUGCUGGCGGCGGCCUGCUCAGCACCUACCUGGUCGUCCUGCUUGUGCUCCUGGCGCUGGUCAUCGGCUCCGUGCUCGCCAUCGUGUGGGUCAGCAUGAAAGGAACCAUUUGCAACCCUGGACCGCGGAAGUCAAUGCCGAAACUGCUGUACAUCCGCCUCGCGCUCUUUCUGCCAGAAAUGGUCUGGGCUUCCUUGGGCGCCGCCUGGGUGGCAGACGGCGGGCACUGCGACAGGACAGUGGUGAACGGCAUCAUUGCCACUGUCGUCGUCAGUUGGAUCAUCAUCGCAGCCACUGUGCUCACCGUUAUUAUUGUCUUUGACCCACUCGGGGGGAAGUCGGCCCCCUACUCCUCGGCCGGGCCCGCUCACCUGGAUACCCGCGAGUCCAGCCAGCUGCUCAGCGGCCUCAAGACGGCAGCCACCAGCGUGUGGGAAACCAGGGUCCGCCUGCUGUGCUGCUGCGUUGGGGCGGACGACCACACUCGAGGUGCUUUUACCAGUACGGCUGAGCUUUUCUCAACCUACUUCUCAGACACAGACCUGGUGCCCAGCGACAUCGCGGCGGGCCUGGCCCUUCUCCACCAGCAGCAGGACAACAUCCGCAGCGAUCUGGAGCCUGAUGAGGCGGUCAGCCGCUCCCCGGAGCCCUCUCAGGACGCUGACCUGGACGCCGAGUUGGAGAACUGCCAUCAUUAUAUGCAGUUUGCAGCUGCCGCCUACGGCUGGCCCCUCUACGUGUACAGAAACCCCUUCACAGGCCUCUGCAAGGUCGGAGGUGACUGUUGCAGAAGCAGAACAACCGAGUAUGACCUGGUCGGGGGUGAUCAGCUCCACUGUCACUUUGGCUCCAUCCUGCACACGACAGGGCUGCAGUACAGGGACUUCAUCCAUAUCAGCUUCCAUGACAAGGUGUACGAGCUACCGUUUCUGGUGGCCCUGGACCACAGGAAGGAGGCUGUCGUGGUUGCAGUGAGGGGGACCAUGUCUCUCCAGGACAUCCUGACUGACCUGUCCGCAGAGAGCGAGACCCUGGACUGCGAGUGUGGGGUGCAUGACCGUCUGGCCCACAAGGGCAUUUCACAGGCUGCCAGAUACGUCCACCGAUGCCUCAUCAACGACGGGAUUUUGAGUCAAGCCUUCAGCGUUGCUCCUGAGUAUCGGCUGGUCACCGUGGGGCACAGCCUGGGCGCGGGAGCCGCCGCCCUGCUGGCGCUGAUGCUCAGGAGCUCCUACCCGCAAGUCCGCUGCUACGCCUUCUCCCCGCCCCGGGGGCUGCUCAGCAAAUCCCUCUGUGAAUACUCCAAGGGCUUCAUCGUGUCGCUUGUCCUUGGCAAGGAUGUCAUCCCCAGGCUGAGCGUGACCAACUUGGAGGAUCUGAAGAGGAGAAUCCUACGUGUGAUUGCUCACUGCAACCAGCCCAAGUACAGGAUCCUGUUGCAUGGCUGCUGGUACGAGCUGUUCGGAGGGAACCCUGAUAACUUCCCCACCGAGCUGGACGGGGACAGCCAGGGGGAGCUGACACAGCCUCUUCUCGGGGAGCAGAGCCUGCUGACACACUGGUCCCCCGCAUACAGCUCUUCCAGCGACUCCCCACUGGACUCCUCGCCCAAGUACCCACCCCUGUACCCCCCUGGCAGGCUCAUCCACCUGGAGGAGGAGGGUGGCUCGGGGAGGCUUGGCUGCUGCGCAGCAGCGCGCUACACCGCCCGGUGGUCGCAUGAGGCGGAGUUCAGCCGAAUCCUCAUCGGGCCCAAGAUGCUGACUGACCACAUGCCAGACAUCCUGAUGAGGGCCCUGGACAGUGUGGUGGCCGACAGAGGGGUCUGUGUCUCCUGUCCAGCACAGGGGCUGCCCGACGUCGAUGUGGUGUGAGCGAGGACCGU